AUGGACUUGCUCUUGCUGCGUUUCCUCGCGGUGAUCGGCAUUCAGAUAUGCCUGUUAACUGACCGAGUCUCAGGCCUCAAUAAUUGUCCAGGAGAUGUCGCGGUGUACUAUCAACCACUGGAGGUUUACUGCCAGGGCAACACGUACACUUUGACAGGCGCGUACUUCAGCCCUGUUCCCAGCACGUGCACAGAUGCUGCCAGCGUCUCUGGGCCGAGUGCAUACGGCAUGCAGACGUCGACGGCUGGUCCCGCAACGACUUCGCCCUACAGCGGAUGCAGGUCGCCGAACCAGAUCUUCGGCUUCAGCUUCUACGGAUGCGUGGUUUCAUCGGCCGGGUUCCCCAGCUUGACAAAGGUUGCUACCAGCGUGAAAAUGAACCUCGAAAUGUGCGCUGCUUCCUGCACGGACAUGGUCUUUGGCGUCUACAGCAGUGGCACAGUACCGGGCAGUGUUGUUGUCCAAACACCACAGCGAGGGCUCUAUGUUACCGUCACGCAGGCCCUUUCUGGUACUAAUAGCGUGGCGACAACCAUCACCAUACCCCCCAUUGGCACAAUACCGGGCUCUGUCAUUGUUCAAACACCACAAGUAGGGCCGUAUAUCACUCUCACACAAGCUAUAACCGGCACAAACAGCCAGCCUACCACGUUGACCAUCCCCCCUAGUGGUACAGUUCCCGGCACUAUUAUUGUGCAGACGCCGCCCGGUGUAUACGUGACUUUGACACAAGCUAUAACCGGCACGAACAGCCUGCCUACCACAGUCACUAUUCUCCCCAGCGGUACAGUUCCCGGCACCGUUAUUGUGCAGACGCCGCCCGGUGUAUACGUGACUUUUACACAAGCUAUGACCGGCACGAACAGCCUGCCUACCACAGUCACUAUUCUCCCCAGCGGUACAGUUCCCGGCACCGUUAUUGUGCAGACGCCGCCCGGUAUAUACGUGACUUUUACACAAGCUAUAACCGGCACGAAUAGCCUGCCUACCACAGUCACCAUCCCUCAAAGUGGAACAGCCCCAGGCACCGUCAUCAUCCAGACGCCCCCAGGAAUAGUAGGCGUGCCUACCACAGUCACCAUCCCCCCCAGUGGUACAGUUCCCGGAUCUAUUAUUAUCCAGACACCAGCUGCCUACGGCCCUUAUAUUACUCUUACACAACCCCUCACUGGCGCCAACAGCGUGCUUACAACAAUUACCAUUCCGCCUAGCGGCACGGUUCCAGGCAGCGUUAUCAUACAAACGCCACUGGUUGCUGGGUCAUAUGUCACGUUAACCCAGGCCGUUACCGGCACCAAUACCGUGCCUAUUACGUUGACUAUUCCUGCAAGUGGUACAGUUCCCGGUACCAUUGUCAUCCAGACGCCGCUAGUAGGACCGUACAUAACCUUAAUAAGAACUAUAACGGGCACCAACAUUUUGGCUACGACAAUUACCGUCCCCCCCAGCGGGACCGCUCCCGGCACAGUCAUCAUCCAGACGCCUCCAGGCGGGCUGUACAUAACGCUGACGGAGCCUAUUACUGCUGGUUCUAAUAGCGUUCCUACUACACUUACCAUUCCACCCAGUGGCACUGUUCCCGGCACCGUUAUCAUUCAAACACCGCUGGUAAUUGGACCAUAUGUCACUCUAACACAGGCUGUUUCCGGGACCAACAGCGUGCCCACUACAUUGACUAUUCCACCCAGCGGCACGGUUCCAGGCACUGUUAUUAUUCAAACGCCAGCAGUUACUGGACCGUAUGUCACAUUAACACAAGCUAUUUCCGGCCCCAACAGCGUGCCCACUACGAUAACCAUUCCACCUAGUGCGCGCCCACCACCUUAA